CUCAAAAAGUGACAUUAGAAUUACGUCAAAAAGUCAAAAAGCGAUGAAUGAGUGAUUCCGCUUUAAAAUCUAGAAUUCUUUUACAUUUUCUUAAAAUAUGUGUUAAUGCAAUAUGAAGAUCUUAUAAUGUUAAGAUAUUAUGGGCCUUCGUCAUUCUUGUGGAUCGGCAUACUAUUUAAGUGUGUCUAAAGGUGUUAUAGUACGUGUAGAAUGGUAAUAAGUUGUCUUUAGUGGUCCUUGUUUAUCAUUCCAAAAUGGGUAACCAAAACAGUUGCUGUUGUUAUCGAAGUCCAUCGCCGAUCAGGAAGGAUAUUGUCAAACUAGAGGAUUACCUCCCGGAGGGAGAGGUUAGCUCUAACAAUAUCCAACACAUCAGCGAAAGGGAACCUGAUGAUGGAGAUAUUGAUCCAUCUCAAGAUCCCAUAGCCGGGACUAUAUUCAUGGAGCGCUCUAAAGCAUCAAUAGAAAACGGUAUGACUAGAAAGCGUAGUCAACACCAAAUUGCUGAUAACAAGCUCAAGAAAAGCAGUUCCUGUUCUACUAUAUAUUUAGAUGAUAGUACUGUGUCUCAGCCAAACUUGAAAAAUACUGUAAAAUGUGUUGCAUUGGCAAUUUAUUAUCACAUUAAACAUAGAACCUCCGAGCGCAGGUUAGACAUAUUUGACGAGAAACUUCAUCCUCUCAGUAAAGAAGGGGUCAGUGAUGACUAUGAUAAAUAUAACCCUGAACAUAAGCAGAUUUAUAAAUUUGUAAGAACUUUAUUCAAUGCUGCUCAGUUGACUGCAGAAUGUGCUAUUAUCACUUUGGUGUAUUUAGAGAGACUUCUUAUUUGUGCUGAGCUGGAUAUUGCACCCUCAAACUGGAAGAGGAUAGUUUUGGGUGCUAUACUGCUUGCAAGCAAGGUGUGGGACGAUCAAGCAGUUUGGAAUGUUGACUACUGUCAAAUCUUAAAAGAUAUCACUGUUGAAGACAUGAAUGAACUGGAAAGGCAGUUUUUAGAAAUGUUACAAUUCAAUAUUAAUGUACCAUCUAGUGUGUAUGCUAAGUAUUAUUUCGAUCUUCGCACACUUGCGGAAGCUAAUGAUCUGGCUUUCCCCAGUGAACCUUUGAGCAAAGAAAGGGCACAAAAGUUGGAGGCAAUGUCUAGGGUCAUGGAAGAUAAAAUCGCUGCAGAAGUAGUAAAGAAUGGCAUUAAGAAAUGGUCAAGCUUGGAUAAUGUAAAUUCAGGUGCUGGGGUGAGACGAAGUGUGGCCAUAUUGUCAUAACUUAAUAGUCAUGAGCCAAAUUUGGAUUCAAUUGAAAUCACAAAUUACUUGAUAAUAUUUGUGUACUUUAUAAGGAUGUAUUGUAUUUAGAAUGUUGCACCAAGUCUUGGUUUUUAUUGCAAAAACUGAUUUGAACGUAUGAAUUGAACAUCUAUGAUAAGAGGAACAUCAUAAAUGUGUUUUAAUUCACAGUCAAUGUUUCAUAAAUAACUUGGUGAUGAUGAUGAAACCCACAAUAUUUGGUUUAUUAUGAAGAUCAAAAUUGAAAAAAUGUACGAAAGACUAAUUUACAAUACAUUCCAUUCUAAAUUACCACCCCAUCAGCUUUGAUUGAGAUUUGAGAAUAACAGUGUAAGAUUGUCAAUUUUUAUAAUGUGUAACUUUUCAUUUCACUAAAUGAUGACUCUUCUGCUCAUUUUAUACUGGUAAAUAUUCAAACAAAAAUUUUUGAUUUCACAAUUGGUGCAAUACUAGUUCCGAAUAAAAUAAGUAAGAUGUACCUAUAUUUCAAAAAAUAAUUCCUGUCACAAAUGAGAGAAGAAUUGGAUGCAAAAUUUGUUGUGUAAGGUUUUCAUUUUCAUGUCAAAGCUCAACUUUGAAAAUCAGAAAGUGGAUUGAGCUAGUAUUAUUUUAAAAUCAAUGUUUUAUGUAAUAAUUAAUGUUACUAUGUUUAUUUUGUAGAUUUGCAAAUUUUAACACUGAUCUUUGUAUUCACUAAUAAUGAAAGACUUGUAUGUGGUCCAAUAAUUGUUUUUAAUUUACAAGUAAUAUUUAAUUACUGAAUUGCUACUUACUCAUUUUAUUAUAAUGAUUGUAUUUAACUUAAAUUGGCUUCCAUUUUAUUAUUUGAUUAACAUAUUAUUAGAAGCACUAAUGUAAAAAAUAGGUUGCUUCCCAAACUAUGCUAUUUAGUGUUUUAGAUUGUUAGAAUGUGCUACUGCAUUUUGACUGAUAUAUGAAUCUUGUGAUUGUGGUAUGGAUGUUUUACUUAGUCAACAGCUGUAAUUUUAUAUAAUUUUACAUUGUAAUAAUGCAUUUAGAAACUCUCGAGCUAGUUAUAAAUUUUAUGCCAAAUUGUUGUUUUAUGUAUUCAAUUAUUGAAAUUAUACAAUUAGUCUUGUUCUAUGUUAAUUAGACAUCACUAAUUCCGUUUAAGUCAUAAUUUAUGAUGAUGACAAUAUAUUUUAUUUUAAUGGAACAAUAAUUAAUUUAAUAUUUCAUUAUUUAGUUUGUGAUUGAAAUAUACAAUCAAUACUUUAUGUAUCUUUAUUACAAUUUUAAGCAAAAGUAAACAUUUUAUAUGA